ACAUUCUGUUGUUACAAAUUUUCUAUUUUAUGUCAAACAAACUCUGUGUGGGAUGAGAUAACUAUUAUGUAGAUUUAAGAAAUCUAAUACUCUAUAGCAUAUCCAGUCACUAGUUUUAUUUAAAAUUCCAGGAAAAAGAAAUUAGUGAGCUAAUUAAUCAACAAACCCAAUUUUACCAAUUAAAUUUAUUUAUUUGGAGAUUAAAAGUAUUAUGCCAGUCAACAGAAUUUGGGAUCUAAAUGUUGCGAGAAAAAAGUUCAUUUUAUUACUCCAAAGUUGGCGAAAUGAAGACUCGAUGUCCAGGGGAGUACUGUGGCCGGAUUGAACUUGGACUGAACAACUACAGUGACUGUGGAGCUUGCCCAAGAGGAUACAGGUCAGACUUCAGAUCCAUCUGUGUGUACUGUGAGGGGCGGCCGGAGCUAUAUGAUUGGCUCUACUUGGGCUUCAUGACUCUUUUACCUCUUGUUCUACAUUGGUUCUGUAUCGACAAUGUUUCACCAUUAGUUGGGAACAACAAGUCAGUGCUGGUGUUCCACCUUUGUGCACUGAUUGAGGUGAGCAUAGCAGCUGUACUGACUGUCUGGCUGACUGAUCCAUUUGGUGAGAUGGACCUCCGUACUUGCAACACCCACCAGCUAUCUGAUUGGUACACACUAUUGCACAACCCUCAACCCAACUAUGAGGAGACCAUCCAUUGUACCCAAGAGGCGGUGUAUCCUCUGUACACAAUGGUUCUUAUAUUCUACUGUCUCAGUAUCAUUAUCAUGUUACUGGUCCGUCCCUUCCUCGUUCGGUACCUUCUUCCCAAAGUGGGGAAGCUGCCUAUCUACGCUGCUCUAUACUUUUUUCCCAUACUUGCACUGUUACAUGCAGUCUUUGGUGGUCUCAUAUAUUUCACGUUUCCAUACAUUGUAAUAAUUUUGUCGGUCAUAUCAAAUGCAGCUCAUUUUGCCUACAAACUAGACCAGUCUAUGAUGUUCCUGGUUGUUAGCACAGUGAGUGAUUUGCGUAAUAUUUUGAUCCUGCUGGGACACUGGGCUCUGCACACGUACGGUUUGGCAGCAUUGCCUGUUUUCCACUGGUCUCUCAUCGGCUUGGUGCCCCUGCCUGCGAUAAUUUAUAUCCUCACAGCAAGAUUCACAGAUCCCAAUAAGCUACACACUGAAUAAACUGUUUUCAUAAGA